AUGACUGCCAAUGUCUGUAAGAAAUACAGAGCAAUCGUCACAAGACCGCUGGAAUCAUUAGAAAGUUGUUGGAAAAGUACAAGUACUGUGAAAAAGACAAUCUUGAUGGCGAUGAGUAGAGCCGCCAAAGCAGGUGAUGUGCUCGGGACACAGCAAGCAAGAGGUGCCGUCGGUGCCAUACGUGCUGUAGAGAAAGAUCAUGCACUUGCUCUGGCAAAACUUGUUGGUCAGCGGCUGCCCGUCCAACGUCUUGAUUUCAAAGAUGUACGGGUAGUUGUUGCCGCUGACGAUGGGCGAAAAGUUGUUUACGGUCGAGUAGUUGAGGUUGAUGAUGGCGCUGCCGAGCUGCACCUGCUGCCCGACCUCUUGGGUGUUGUUGAUCAUGGUAAAGUUGGCGAGAUCGGGCACGGACCGCGUGUAGUAGAUGACGGAACCCUCGUGUGCGCUGUUGAGGAUGGCCUCGCCAUACGUGACCGUAAGGGAGGCGUCGCUGUCGAGGAAAAACACGCCGCCCUGGUCGGCCGCGUUGCCGAUAAACGUCGACCCGUUGAUGUAGAGCGUGGCAGUGUCCAUGAUGCCGGCGACACCACCUGA